AUGAAAACCGGUUCAGUUCUGCUGUUGCUGGUCUUCCUGGGGACAUGCUUGGCUUACCAGUACCACAAUGUGGCCUUGCGUGGCAAAGCAACUCAGUCACAGCAAUACAGGGGAAAGUAUUCUUCUCUGGCGGCUGCUUACAACGCCAUUGAUGGAAACCGUGAUGCUCGUUUUCCUGCUGGUUCAUGCAGCCACACUGAAAAAAUGGCCAACCCCUGGUGGAGAGUGGACCUGCUGGAGAAGUACAUGGUCACCACUAUCAUCAUCACCAACAGAAGAGACUGCUGUGCAGACAGGCUCAAUGGGGCUGAGAUUCAUGUCACAAAGAAUUUGCAUUCUGGUUACUCUGGUUACUCGAGUUACUCUGGUUACCACGGUUACCACGGUCACAGAAACCCAGUGGUUGCUGUAAUUUCUCAUAUCCCAGCAGGCAGGGCCCAUAUCUAUAACCUUGAAAAACCUGUGGAGGGACGUUUUGUGACUGUGGUUUUACCUGGUUCAGGAAAGGUCCUCACACUCUGUGAAGUGGAAGUCUACGGCUACCGUGCUCCAACUGGAGUGAACCUGGCAAUCCACGGAGCAGCCUCACAGUCAUCAUCGUAUUCAUAUCAAUGCCAUCCAAGUAAUGCUAUAGAUGGGAAUCAUGCCACCACAUGGGCAAAGGGAAGCUGUUCUUGUACAAAAUGGACAAACAGUCCCUGGUGGCAACUGGACCUUGGCAAAACCCAUAGAGUGAACUCUGUCAAGAUAACCAACAGAAAAACAUACCCAAAAUACCUUGAUGGAGCUGAGAUCCGCAUUGGAAAUUCUCCUGUGAACACUGGCAGCAACAAUCCCCGGUGUGCUGUGAUCAGUCACAUCCCUGCAGGUUUUUCGCAGACGUUCGACUGUAAGGGGAUGGACGGUCGCUACGUUAUCAUAGUUGUUCCUGGAAAAACUGUGUAUCUGACCCUGUGUGAGGUGGAGGUGUAUGGCUCUGUAUUGGAUUAGAUCUGUUGAGGUUCAAAAUGAAUAACAAUGGCAAUUUACAUAGCCGCUAUUUAGCUGGUGCUCUUUUAUAGAUUCUGGUAGAAAUUAUAUCUUAAGUUUGACUUA